GCGAUUACAAUUUUAUGAUUCCUAAACGCCAACGCUCAGCAAAAGCUGUUGCGCGUUUUUCAUCUGGACAGCUGCGAGAAAAAACAAAACAAACACCCGAUCGGUAUUCACCCUUUAAAACUUGCUGACCCGGGGUUUAAGCAUUAAGUUAUGCGCAGCUCCUAUUUUUAGUGUCAUCGACCCACAGCGCGCAGAAAACCUUUCAAACUGUGCAGCUGAAGCUCUUAAUAGGAGCAUUUUUGUUUCCACAUCCAUGAACAUGGAUGCUCCAGAUGCAGAUUUCGAUGGAAUAUUUAACAGCUCUGAUGACUAUGACCCGAACAUCACCUACGACUAUAAGGAGUAUCCAGUCAAAAGAGGCAGUGAGGCAGUAUGGAUUCCUGCUCUGUACUCUGUAGUGUUUUUUGUGGGCAUACUGGGGAAUAUUAUUCUACUGACAGCUCUGGUUCAAAAGAGGAGAUUGUGGAGCAUAUCAGACACUUUUAUUCUUCACCUCAGUUUUUCAGACAUCCUGCUUCUGUUGAUGCUGCCCUUCUGGGCUGCAAAGACGACUCAGCAUUGUGACGGGUUCUUUGGCAUUAUCAGCAAGAUCUUUGCGGCCGUUUUCAAGCUCAACUACUACUGUGGGAUCUUUCUGCUGGUUUUCAUCACUCUAGAAAGCUACCUGUUUGUCAUCCGUGGUAUCCAACUGUAUUGCCACGGGAAGCCCUGGUUAGCUCAUUUUAGCUGCCUGUCAAUCUGGGUAAUCUCUGUUCUCCUCACCGUACCUGACUGGAUUUUCCUGGUGGCUAACAAGAAUUCCACAGAAGAGAAAACAUGUCUUCAUGACUACCCUCAGUCUGGGACUGACUGGCAGUUGUGGUCACGCCUGCUCCACCACAUAGUCGGCUUUGUGCUACCUGGAGUCACACUGAUGAUCUGUUUCUGUUGCUCACAUAUGCUGUGGCAGCACUGCCGCUUUAAUGGCCUCCCAGCACAGAGAAAUGUCGCUGUCAUCUUGUCUCUGGUGGUGGUAUUCUGUCUCUGCUGGGUGCCCUACAACUUCAUACUCAUUUUGGACACUCUCAAGAACAGACUUAAGGAACACCCCUUAGCUGAAAUUUCUGAAGAUUCACUAAAAACACUUCUUAUGGUUACUUCUGCUCUAGGCUGCCUCCACGCCAGCCUGAGGCCUCUGUUGUAUCUCGGCCUGUGUGGAAACUUCAGGGAACAUUUACUGGCUAUGCUGAGAUGUAAGAAAAUGGAACCCAAAGGCUCACUUUGGGAUCUUGGUUUAGGCCAGAGAGAGCAGCCUGACCACAGUCGCAAUGAAGGGGAAGCGUUAACAGUUGUAGACAAUCCGAUGCUAUCAGCUUUGUGAAGCUAAAAAAAAUACCCUCCUGUGGGUUACAUGUGAGCUGAAUGAUGUUACACUUCUGAGUUUGAGGUAGGGCUGGACAGUCAGUCAGAAAUUAAUCAAAACUGACAUUCAGAACCUCUAAUCAAAUCUUGGCCAUGUGAUGCUAGUACUCCCCCAGUAUGUGCUGUCCCCUUUAAAUCAUAGUAUCGAGUGUGUUGUCAUGUGAUUCUGCUCCAUCCAGUCUGCGACAUUGAAGCAUCAUGGAGGAGAACUCAAACACUGACCUGUGCAAUUCAAGCUGCUUAUGCCAGAUAAAAAAUACCAUGUCCACUGUUUUGAAAAUUAGUGGGUUUGGCCUGGGUUCAAGUCCACCUUGGCCCAGGCCUCUCUCUGUCUCUCUGUGGAGUUUGCAUGUUCUCCCCAUGUCUGUGUGGGUUUCCUCCAGGUACUC